AUGGUAGGAACUGACCUGGAAUCAGUUAAAGAGCAGCUAUGUGAUCUCAAGGAAUUUAAGCGAGAACUUUACCAGAAGAAGAUUGAGAUAGAAAGCCUGAACCAUCGCUUUGUAUGCCGGCUGUCUCCAGGCUCAGAGCGCCCAGGUUCAGUCUCACCGCUGUGUGACUUCAGACUGCGCUGGGACAGCCUGGAGUCGGAGACGGUCAGCAGACAGCAUCAGCUGGAGUGUGCUUUGCUGGGUCUGGGUCAGUUCCAAAACACAUUGGAUGAGCUGCACACAUGGCUUUCCCGCACCGCAGAACAACUGCAGGGCAGCCAGCCAAUCAGCAUCGACCUGCAGGCCUGUGAAAUAGAGCUGGCCAAACACAAGGUCUUGCGUAAUGAUGUCAUGUCCCAUGUUCGCACAAUGGAGUCACUGAACCAGGCAGGCAGGGGGCUGCUGGAGGUUGGGUCCGGGGACAGUCCACAUGGUCUGCAGUCUCGCCUGGAGCAACUCAAUGAAAGCUGGGAGUUUGUUCGCUGUGAGACUGAACGCAGGCAGCUGGAACUAGAGAACAGACUGAGCCAGGUCCAAGACGUUACAAUGGAGAUUCAGGAUCUUCUGCAGUGGCUGGAGAACACAGACCUGAGAUUGUCCUCCUCUAAGACCAUGUGGGGAAUGCCAGACUCUGCCAGUGAAAGGCUCAGUGCACACCUGGAGCUGUGCACUGAGAUGGAUUCAAAGCUCCACGCCUACACAGAUGUGAAGAAUGCCAUCCACAGGAUGUUAGAGAGCGGCAACGUUGUGCGGGGAUCGAGCACCGAACACAGCCUGUCUAUUCUUGAACAGAAAUGGGCGUCUGUUUACAGCAAAGUCCAGGAGCGAAAGGCGAAGCUUACAGAGGGACUGAGUCUGGCCAAGGAGUUCCACAGUAACGUCCAGGAACUUCUCACGAAGAUGAGCAAGUGUGAAGAGUCUAUUGGGCUUCUUCCUUCUCCCAGCUUUGUUCUGGACACUGUUUGUACUCAGCUGCAGAAUCACAGAACGCUAGUCAAUGAGGUGAACAGUUACUGUGAGAAGAAGACCACAGUGGAGAACACAGGCUGUAGACUAACUGAACUGAGCAGGAAGGAAGAGUGCGAUGUCAUUCAUAACCUAAUAAUGACCGUCCAGGAUCGCUACAAAAAGCUACAGCAACGCACCUCAGAGAGAGGCAGGAUGCUGGAAGAGGUCAAAAAGAAUGCCAAACAGUUCAAUGAAUCUUGGCGCCUGCUAGUGGACUGGAUGACUGAAGUCGAACAGACAUUAGACACGCAUAAAGAGAUUGCUGUGUCCCAUGAGGAGAUCAAACAACAGCUGACUGAACAGAAGGAGUUCCAGAAACUGCUGAGGUCAAAGAGGCCCAUGUAUGAGGCCACACUGAAGAAUGGUCGCAGCCUCCAUGAAAGAGCUCACACUGGCCACGAUAGACAACAUCUGGAAAACCUGCUGGCUGAACUCAAAGACACAUGGGACACCAUCAGUGGCAAGUCUAUGGAGAGGCAGCAUAAGCUGGAGGAAGCACUGCUGUUCUCAGGCAGGUUCACCGAUGCUCUCCAGGCCCUGAAUGACUGGUUGUACAGAGCAGAGCCCCAACUGGCUGAGGAUGUUCCUGUUGGUGGAGACAAAGACAUGGUCAAUAAUCUGAUUGACAAACACAAGGCUUUCCAAAAAGAGUUAGGGAAGCGAGCCGGCUGCAUUAGAACCCUGAAGCGCUCUGUGAGGGAUCUGACCAGGAGCAGCACAGCUGACGCCCACUGGCUGCAGGAGCAGAUGGAUGAACUGGAGGGCCGCUGGGAGGCUGUGUGCAAGCUGUCAGUCAGCAAGCAAGACAGGCUGGAAGCUGCACUUCAGCAGGCUGAGAAGUUCGAUGGCCUUGUCCACUCCUUCAUGGAGCGCCUUACUGAGGCAGAGAGGAUACUGAAAUAUGGGCUGGUACCAGAGGAGGAGGAAAGUUUGCUUGCCUUCCGCAAACAGCACAAGGAGUCAAUGAGUGCUUUGCAAGUUCAGGCUGUGGAGUUAGAGAACAUCCAGUGUCUGGGUGAGGAGAUCUUGGAUUCCUGUCACCCAGACUCCAUAAUCACCCUCAAAUCUUGGAUCAGUGUCACCAAAACCCGCUAUGAGGAGGUUCAGACGUGGGCUCAGCAGCAGGGCCAGAAAAUCCAGGCCAACUUGUCAGCACUGGAGGCAGAGAAAGAGGAAGUCCAGAGGCUUCUAGACUGGAUCUCUUCUGCAGAGGAAGCCCUCAACCUCAGAGACCAAGAGCUUCCACCUGAGACCACAGAGCAGAACCAGGAACUCAUUGAGCAACACACGGUAUUCAUGGAGGAGUUGAAUAAAAAGUUUCCAGAUGUUGAACACGCCACAAAGUCCUGCAAACACAAGAGCAUUCCUAAACAGCACGUGUCUCCCAGCAAAAGGCCGCUCACAAAGAGGAGGAGCACUCUGAAGAUGCAGCCUGUCGUACCGAUUCCCCUGGAGCACCUUGACCCCCAGACCCCACAGCUCUGUCAGCUGAUGGAGGAAUUUGCAAACUUCGACUUCAAUAUUUGGCGAAAGCGUUACAUACAGUGGAUCAGUCAUUUGAAGUCACGGAUCUUAGACGUGUUCCGCAGCAUCGACCGCGACCAGGACGGACGCAUCAGCCAGAGGGAGUUUAUCGAUUAUGUCCUCGCCUCUAAAUUUCCCACCAACUCCUUGGAGAUGAAUGCAGUGGCAAACAUCUUUGACAUGAACAGUGAUGGCUUCAUUGACUACUAUGAGUUUGUGAGUGCGCUUCAUCCUAGCAGAGAUCCCUACAGGAAAACCCUGGAUGCAGAUCAGAUAAAUGAAGAGGUGAGUCGACAGGUAUCACAGUGCAACUGUCCCAAGAGGUUCCAAGUGGAGCAAAUAAGUGCCAACAGAUACAGGUUUGGAGAUUCCCAGCAGCUGCGGAUGGUUCGUAUCCUGCGGAGCACGUUGAUGGUGCGAGUGGGAGGAGGCUGGACUGCUUUAGAUGAGUUCCUGGUCAAGAAUGACCCCUGCAGAGUAAAAGGUCGGACCAACCUGAAGAUCAAGGAGAAGUACUUGUCUCCUGCAGGAAGCACUUCUAAAGGCUUGACUGUCAGCAGGUCCAACUCGAGCCUCAGCCUCUACAGCAGCGCCUCUGCCCCGACCAGUCCCAUGACACGCAAGGCGUUAUUACGCAGAAGUUUCUCAGGUGACCGCUGCAUCCGUCCCAGGAGCUCCAUAGCUGCUUUGGGGUCUGAUCUACAGUUUGUCACAACAGGGGAGGACAAUCCAUCCUCACCAUCAGGUCAGCCAAUCACCUCAAUGAAGCUGAGAGGUUACCCACAUGAUUACCUCUGCCUCUGA